AUGGCUUCCCAGCACAACAACUCCUUUAAACCCCAGUCACCAGAAAGUGGCCUUGUGUUAGACAACAGGAACUUCCUUCCAAGCCAGGAUACUUCUCUACAGUGGGAAGAAGAUAUCUGUAACUUCUCAACUGCUCAGCUCAACUUUCCCACAAAUGACAAUGGUUACUGUGCAAAGCAGGAACUGCAAGCAAUGUGGAAGUGGUUUACCUCCUGGUUGAAGCCAGAAAAGUGUAGCAAGGAGCAGAUGAUUUCUCAGCUGGUCUUGGCUGAGUUUCUCAAAACUGGGCACUACAAGGACAAGUCUGUCUUGAAAGAGAAGUGGGAAUCAAAUGGCAGAAACCUGGGGAGAUUCAUGGAGGAUCUGACUGAUGAGUGCUUGAAGCCUCCCAUCAUGGUCCACACCUCCAUGCAGGGGCAGGAAGCCAGCUUUUCUAAGAACAGGUCUUUAGAAGAAACCAUCAACCUUCUGAAAGAGCAGCAAUCAGCAAGAAGUUCAAUACAAGAGAGUGCAAGGACACCCUUGCCAAUCCCCCAAGACAUGUUAUUGACAACAGGACAUGAAGACUGGGAAGAUAGCCAAAACAAUGGCUGGAGCAAUAGUGAUGUAAAUGAUGGGGAUAGUAGUACUGGAAAUGAGAUGGACUCCCUUUUCCUUAUCCAACAAGUUCAGUUUAAUGAACCUAAAGACAGAAGUGUUUCUGAUGGAAAUCCUCUGGAUUUAAGCAGAACAAGUCAAGUCACCUCUAGGUACAGGAAGAAUUUCAUAGAGGAACUUCUUCUGAAGAUGUCCCUAUGGAGGUACAACCAGAGAUUAUCUCCAGUCCAGAGCAGACAGAAGACUGCCAGAAUCCUGAUGCAAGCUCCACACGUGGGCAUGGUCAAAAGAGAACCCUCAGAGACUCAAAGACAUACAAAUAUGAAGAAGCAUGCAGCUUCUAAACAGCAAGUAACCAUUGAAGACAUGACUUGUAACUUCUGGAUUGUUCCAUCUGUCUUCGUGGAUAAAGAAGAUGAGUCUGUUUUAUGUUAA